AUGUGGUGUGCGCCUGGGGUCACCAACUUCCUUGAGGAUACUCCCGGUUUCCAUGGCAUGGUCCGAGAUUCAGUCUCCCUAUUGACGAAUGACCCUUUGACCGUGGUGGAUCUGAACCUGAACGAUGAUUAUCCUGUCCCGCAUCAAAAACAGCUGAUCCCUUUCAACGAGGCAUGGGGUGAAACGAACCAAUACGGUUUCGGUGGCACGAGUUUUUGCGAGACUGAUGCCGAGGCCGCGACCGCUGCGCUUUACUACCUUGUGAAUGUCAACGAAACCGGCGGCCUCCUAGGCGCUGGUGUCGCCAAGGUCGAAGUCAUCAAUAACACUCCCACGGUCACCCAGCGCUUCGGCAACAAGGGGUUCUGGUGGAAUUCAAACACCACCGCCAAAUACGGCGACCAAUGUGCCUACCGCGAUGAACGCUCUGAGUACAUAUACAUCUGGGGCGGCCCCCCGAACUCGAUUACUGGAUGGCCUCACUCCAGUUACGCCUACCUUGCCCGGGUCAAAGCAGAAGAUGCGUUCGAUCUGGCCAAGUACGAGUAUUUCUGGGGUCGUCAGCAGGGCUGGAAGUCAGAGGUUCUUACGAAGUUUGAUGCUGGGACGGCGGUCUGGUGGGCGGUCGGUCAAGGUCAGGUUGCGUGGAAUGAGUACUACCAGUGUUAUGUGCUGGUUCAUUUGUCUGCUUUUGGCGAUGGUGCUGUGUACCUGCGAACAGCCCAGGCUCUGGAAGGACCAUGGACUCCGGAUGUCCAGGUAUACAAGAGCGAACCUAUCGACGGCGGAUUAGUCUAUGCCGGUGUUCAACACCCCUACCUGGAUCCGACUGGACAGACAUUGGUUCUGUCUUUUACGAACAAUAACCACAUUGAGGUUAUCAAGGUGGCUUUUGCUUAG